AUGGGCGCUCGCGAGGUCGCUCGGAUCCUGCGUGCGAAAUCGGUCCAGAUCGAGACCUGGUUCGCAGCGUUGGUUUCGGUUGUCGGAUUGCUCGUCGUCGGUCUCACGCCAUCGGAUUCGAUCGGAUCAACAGGGUUCGCCGUGGGGAUCUCCUCAGUCGCGGCUUCCUUUGUGCUUGGUCUGCUCUACGCGAUCCGCUCCAAGCAGGUUGACGGUGCCAUCUUUGUCGGUGCCGGGGUGCUGCUGAUCCAUGUGUACAUGGGGAUGAUGCUUGGAUUUUUGCUGUUGAUCCGUAGGGAGCAUUCAGUGUGGAUGCUGCUGUGGGUGCUCGCGUGCGUGAAGUCCUGUGACAUCGGUGCGUUCUUUACAGGUACGACCAUCGGGAAGCACAAGCUCAUCGAAUGGCUCUCUCCCAAAAAAACUUGGGAAGGGUUAAUCGGAGGGUUGAUUACAUCCGGUGCGAUCGGAGCACUGGGAUUCUGGGCUCUGGGCGCUGCUGGAUACGAGCAGUACAGCCCGUGGUGGGGGGCAGCACUCGGUGUGCUCUUCGGAGCAAUUGGUCAAGCGGGGGAUCUAACCGCGAGUCUGUUCAAGCGAGACGCCGGGAUCAAGGAUGCCGGUACGAGCGUUCCGGGAUUCGGAGGCAUGCUGGAUCUGAUCGAUUCUCCGAUCUUGGUCGCUCCAUUUGCGUACUGGGCGAUCCGGAUCGUGAUGGAUCUCUCUAGCUCAAGCGCGGUUCGGGAGGGUUGCAUGACAGUGACUUCUAAGUUGCUUGCCGUGUUCCGUGUUGAUCAGCAGAUCCAAGGUCUACAGACCAGGCUCCGAGGUGCGGAACGCUACCUCGCGGAACAAACCAAACAACUCGCAUCGCUUGGUACAGAGAAAGAUGCGAUUGAGACCCAGCUCCGUCAGCUCAAAGCAAGUGAGUCUAACGCCGAGGGGGAGAGUCAGCGGAUCGCUACACAUAUCGACGAACUCCGCGACAAGAUGAACAACGCGACCUCAAACAAGGAAUACAAAGCGUUCCUGUCGGAGGUCAACAACCUCAAAGAAAUCCGAUCCACACACGACGAGCAGGCGAUCGAGUUCCUUGAGCAAAUCGAAGCGCUCAACAUCAAGCUUGAAGAAGCGAACAAGAGUGUUGAAGAGCGCGAGAAGGUUCGAGAGAUCGCUGAGCAGCAGCGUCAGGAACGCUCCGACGAGAUAGCCGAGAAGCUUGCUGAGUUGACUUCAAAACGCGAACAACUCGUCAAUGAGGUUCCGAAGGACGCGAUGUCGAUUUACGAGGAACUGCUUGAGUCACGAGGUGAGGACGCAAUGGCGCCGCUGGAGAUCGUGGACAAGAAACGCCACGAGUAUGUCUGCGGCUCAUCGAUGAUGACUGUUCCUGUCGAGGUCGCGGCUUCUCUGAUCCAGGGUAAGCUCACACUCUCCCCGAACGAUGGCUGCAUUCUCUACCUCACCCCAGAUGCGGAAGAAGAACUCGCCGGGAUGUUCAAGAAGUAA